CCUCCUCCGAGACCAAACGCGACGGCCGCCUCCCCCACCUCCACGCCCAUCGAUGGCGACCCCUCACUCACCCAGCUGAACAACUCCACCGCGCGCACGCCAUUAGCAGGAACGAGCAAGCAGCCCGGCGGACGGGGAUUAGAGGUAAGGAGGCGAGCGAGGUAGGCUAGGAUUAAGGCGGCGGGCAUGGACCGGCUGCUGCUGGAGCAGCUCGCCGGGGAGGCGCUGCGGGAGCUGCUGGGCGCGGUGCGGGGCACCCUCUUCUGCCGCUCCACCGCCGAGCGCCUGCGCCGGAGCGUCGAGCCGCUGCUGCCGCUCGUGCAGGGGCUCGGCCCGCGCUCCGCGGGGGAGCUCGGCGAGCUCGCCGCCCGGGUCCGGGAGGCGCUCGACCUCGCGCGCCGCGCCGCGGCGUCCCCGCGCUGGAACGUCUACCGCGCCGCGCAGCUCGCGCGCCGCAUGGAGGCCGCCGACCGCGGCAUCGCGCGCUGGCUCGCCCGCCACGCGCCCGUGCACGUCAUCGGCGGCGUGCGCAGGCUCCGCGACGAGGCCGACGCGCGGAUCGGCCGCCUCGAGCGCCGCGUCGAGGAGAUCGCCGCCGCCGCGCAGCCCGCGCCGCCAGCGCUCUCCGUCCCCGUCGCGCCGCCGCCGCUGCCGAUGCACAAGGGCUUGCCGAUGCCCAUGGACGCGCCGCCGCUCACCAAGGGCUCGGUGGACGCUAUGCCGGUGCUCAAGGGCGUCGCUGUGCCCGCCAAGGCCGGGGUGAUGGCCAUGGACAUGGAGCUCGCCGAGGGCCACGAGGACGAGGGGAUGGUUGGCGGCGGCCUCAAGGUGGCCAAGGAGAAGGUGAAGGAGAUGGUCAUGAGCGGCGGUGGCGGCUGGGAGGUGGUCGGCAUCUCCGGCAUGGGCGGCAGCGGCAAGACCACGGUCGCCAUGGAGAUCUUCAAGGAUCACAAGGUCCGAGCUUACUACAACGACAGGAUCUUCUUUGAGACGAUCUCACAAUCUGCAAACUUGGAAACCAUUAAGAUGAAGCUGUGGGAGCAGAUCAGCGGAAAUAUGGUGCUUGGUGCAUACAACCAGAUCCCAGAAUGGCAGCUCAAGUUAGGGCCAAGAGACCGAGGACCAGUCCUUGUUAUCCUUGAUGAUGUGUGGUCUCUCUCACAGCUUGAGGAUCUCGUCUUCAAGUUCCCUGGGUGCAAGACUCUUGUCGUAUCGAGAUUCAAGUUCCCGACGUUGGUAUCCCGGACAUAUGAAAUGCAGUUACUUGAUGAGGAGGAAGCUUUAUCUGUCUUCUGCCGUGCUGCCUUCGAUCAGGAGAGUGUUCCGCAGACUGCUGAGAAGAGAUUGGUUAGGCAGGUCUCUGCAGAGUGCAGAGGCCUUCCUCUAGCUCUGAAGGUCAUCGGUGCAUCAUUGCGAGAUCAGCCUCCUAAGAUAUGGCUGAGUGCCAAGAACCGGUUGUCGCGAGGAGAGGCUAUUUCUGACUCUCAUGAGACCAAGCUCCUAGAGAGAAUGGCGGCAACUGUUGAGUGCUUACCAGAGAAGGUUAGAGAUUGUUUCCUUGAUCUGGGCUGCUUCCCAGAGGAUAAGAAGAUCCCUCUUGAUGUGUUGAUCAACAUUUGGAUGGAGAUUCAUGAUCUUGAUGAGCCAGAUGCUUUCGCCAUCUUGGUUGAGCUUUCGAACAAGAACCUUCUUACCCUUGUUAAUGAUGCACAGAACAAGGCUGGAGAUUUGUACAGUAGCUAUCAAGACUACUCGGUGACGCAACAUGAUGUGUUGCGAGAUCUUGCGCUUCACAUGAGUGGGCGUGACCCUCUGAACAAGCUGAGGCGGUUGGUGAUGCCAAGAAGGGAAGAAACUCUUCCAAGGGAUUGGCAGAGGAACAAGGACACUCCGUUUGAAGCUCAGAUAGUUUCCAUUCAUACAGGUGAAAUGAAAGAAUCUGACUGGUUCCAGAUGAGCUUCCCCAAGGCAGAAGUGCUCAUCCUCAACUUUGCCUCAAGUGUUUACUACCUCCCCCCUUUCAUCGCAACGAUGCAGAACCUGAAAGCCUUGGUUCUGAUCAACUACGGCACCACCAGCGCAACCCUUGACAACCUAUCUGCCUUCACCACGCUCAGCGGCCUGAGGAGCCUUUGGUUGGAGAAGAUCACACUCCCACCACUGCCAAAGACUACUAUCCCGCUGAAGAACCUGCGCAAGAUCUCCCUCGUCCUCUGCGAGCUGAACAACAGUCUAAGAGGAUCGACGAUGGAUCUCUCCAUGACCUUCCCUCGCCUGUCCAACCUCACAAUUGACCACUGCAUAGAUCUAAAGGAGCUGCCAUCAAGUAUCUGUCAGAUCAGCUCCCUCGAGACUAUCUCCAUCUCAAACUGUCAUGACCUCACGGAGCUGCCAUAUGAGCUAGGCAAAUUGCAUUGCCUGAACAUUCUUCGGGUCUAUGCCUGCCCAGCGUUGUGGCGACUCCCGCCAUCGGUGUGUAGCCUGAAGAGGCUGAAAUACCUUGACAUAUCUCAGUGCAUCAACCUGACAGACCUCCCAGAUGAGCUUGGUCACCUGACAAACCUGGAGAAGAUUGACAUGCGGGAAUGCUCACGCCUAAGGAGCCUCCCGAGGUCGUCGUCCUCCCUCAAGUCCCUCGGCCACGUCGUCUGCGACGAGGAGGCGGCGUUGCUGUGGAGGGAGGCCGAGCAGGUAAUCCCUGACCUCCGGGUGCAGGUGGCAGAGGAGUGUUAUAACCUGGACUGGCUUGUAGACUGAUGUCACGUUCUGGAUGCUUUGGGCUUCCAAACUGACCAUGUACAUAUGAUGUUUAUAUGCUGCCCUGUCUAGUGCAUGAAGAGUAAUCAAUCCACUGGCCAAUUUUGACAUUUUCAGUCAGUGUUCAUGCACCGACUCAUCACUGACAGAGCUUGAACUCGUCCCAAAACAGAAAUGCACUCAGAAACAAGCUUUCUCUUGGCACAAAACAAAGUUAUAUACAACUGCCAUACACCUUUUCAGUUUCAACAAACAGAGACCAAGCAAUGGUUCUCAAAAUGAACCUGAAAAGGUAUCACAUUGGUUAUACCGGGGCUAGAUUGUUGCACAGCAUACAUACUAUACUACACAAUAUACAGCGGUAGCAGCAUCACAAUAGGAAUCAAAGGUCUGAAGCAGAAAUGGCGACAAACCGAUCACUGGGUCAUAGCUUAAGAACAGAUCACUUCAUAAGCUCGAGCUGAAACUGAGCCGCAACCCAACAGAUUUACUGAAAGGAAGGCCGCAAUUACGGUUUCCACCCAAGCAUGGACAUGGUUACAGGGCAACCACUAGCUCCCCGCUGCUCUCGAUGUCCAUGUCCAGGUCCUCGUCUGAAUCUAGGUCCUCCAUGUUUUCCUCCACGUCAAGGCCGUCAGACAACAACUGGGCUGCUGUGCGGGUUCCAGCAGGUGGUAUUGUUGCCUCUGCCAGUAUCUGCAUGAUGUCGUUCAUGUUCUGCAUCGGCUGAUCCGGCUCCUCAUAGCUAACUGUGUCAUCAUCCAUGAUGUCUAUAGGGAGGUUCUUCAGGAACCAAGGAUGACUUUUUAUCUGGGGUAUGGUGAUCCUCUGCAAAUACGAUGUAUUAUAGGUAACUCACAUCUGAAUAAUCAAGUGACACAGCAAAAAGGGAAGCAUUCAACAACUCACAAGGUUUGGUUCGACAACAAAAAUCCUUGAUAAAAGAUCUCGGCAUUCUGGAGAUAUAUGGAUAUAGUCUGGAACCGCGUAAUGAGCCCCCAUUAUUUUCUGCAAAUUGACAUCAGCAUUUAGCUGACUGGAUGGAUACAACUGCAGCCAGUGGAACUGCCAAGGUUGGCAAAAAAAAUUACCUGCAUUAUCUUUCUGAAACUCUUAGGAUCUUCUGGAUCCUCGAAAGGAUACCCGCCAACCAGCAUCACAUAGAGGGUCACCCCACAUGACCAGACAUCCGAAAUCUCCAUGCAAUGACAAAUUAUUAGCGAUUCAGCAUUUGAGCUAAUGCACUGUAUAAAGAGUUGCUCCACAACACCAGACAGUAUUCUUUUAAAGCAAAGACCAGAUACUAUUCAUGUCAUCAAAAGAUCAAUAACGACUUUACAGCACGAAGACGGACUCCUAUUGUCGAGCAAAAGGCAUAAGUUGGCAGCGGCUGGUAGCAGCGUAUGUCAGAGGGCAACUUAAAGCACCAAGGGGAUGGAAUGGAGAAUACCUUGCCAUUGUAUUUGUUCAUGAAAACUUCAGGAGCAAUGUAUGCUGGAGUUCCCACAGUGGAUUUUGGUUGCGAAUGCAGAAGAGAUGACUGUAAAAAGAGUUCAGAAAACAGCAUGACAGUAAAUCAGGUAAAGGA